AGAGCGUAGGAGCAGUGGGUGUGUGGCAGCAGGAAGAGUAGAAGGAUAGUACUCUAAAAUUUUUCAUCAACUGCUGGUAUACACUGUUUCAACUCCAGUGGUUGUUUUCCUUGAAGUUGUGGUUUAUUUCAGCACAUCACAAACCAAGGACUCAUCAUGGCAAUCGGUAAGAACAAGAGAUUAUCCAAAGGUAAGAAGGGCCUGAAGAAGAGAGUUGUUGACCCAUUCACCAGAAAGGAGUGGUACGACAUCAAGGCCCCAACCACUUUCGAACACAGAGAUGUUGGUAAGACCUUAAUCAACAAGUCUACUGGUUUGAAGAAUGCCGCUGACGGUUUGAAGGGCAGAGUUUUCGAAUUCAACUUGGCUGAUUUACAAGGUUCCGAAGAUCACGCUUACAAGAAGAUUAAGUUAAGAGUCGACGAUGUCCAAGGUAAGAACUUAUUGACCAACUUCCACGGUAUGGACUUCACCACUGAUAAAUUAAAGUCUCUUGUCAGAAAGUGGCAAUCCCUUGUUGAGGCUAACGUCACUGUCAAGACUGCUGACGAUUACGUUCUCAGAGUGUUCUGUAUUGCUUUCACCAGAAGACAAUCCAACCAAAUCAAGAAGACUUCUUACGCCCAAUCCUCCAAGUUGAGAGAAGUCAGAAAGAAGAUGAUCGAAAUCAUGACCAAGGAAGUCUCCAAUUCUACCUUGGCCCAAUUAACUGGUAAGUUGAUUCCAGAAGCUAUUGGUGGUGAAAUCGAAAAGGCCACUCAAGCCAUCAUCCCAUUACAAAACGUUCACAUCAGAAAAGUCAAGUUAUUAAAGCAACCAAAAUUCGAUUUAGGUAACUUGUUAUCUUUACACGGUGAAUCUUCUGUCGACUCCAAGGGUAAGAAGGUUUCUACCGGUUUCAAGGAUGUCAUCUUAGAAACUGUUUAAAUCAACAAAUAACUAUUUUGUUUGUUUCUUUUAAAUUCUAAUACUUCUACAUCUCCUAUAUAAAUCAACACAAUAUAAUUUGUCCCUUAUCAAAAACUCCUGUAGUUGCUGGAUCGAAACCGCUUAUUGGCCUCAAACGAUUCUGGUGUUUUCCGAGGUAGGACGUACAAAGUCGUGGACGUCUACUUUAUUUGGUGUACAGUUCAGAGUUCAACAAAACGAUCCUA